AUGGAUCUGACUCUUAGGACCAAGCUACAAUAUGGGGCAAUGUUUUUUGCACUGUUGGGAUGUGUGCUUACCUGUGUUAGCACUUUUGUGCCUCUCUGGAAGAAUCUGAACUUAGAUCUGAAUGAAAUGGAAAUUUGGAACUCAGGACUGUGGCAAACAUGUGUUAUUCAAGAUGAAGGUGGAAUGCAGUGCAAGGACUUCGAUUCAUUUUUGGCUUUGCCAUUUCAGCUGCAGAUGGCAAGAAUUCUGAUGUUCCUCUCAGAUGGACUGGGGAUCAUUGGCCUCAUUGUUUCUUGCUUGUGUUUGGACUGCCUGAAGACUAACGAAAAGAACACCAAGAAAUACCUUGCACUUUUUGGAGGAGCACUAUUCUGGAUGUCUGGUAUCACUGCUCUGGUGCCAGUUUCUUGGAUAGCCUAUGACAUUGUCCAGGAAUUUUGGGAUGAGACAAUCCCUGAAAUCGUGCCUAGGUGGGAGUUUGGAGAGGCCAUGUUUAUGUGCUGGUUUGGCUCUUUCUUCCUUAUGUUUGGGGGCUCAUUGCUGUUUUGUUCAGUGUACUUUGCGACAGAACAACCUAUAAGCUCUCAGACUAAAAACAAACAUGUUGGGCUAUCAUAUGACCCUGCAGCACUACAAAACAGAUGUCCAGAUCUCAUCAUCUAA